AUGUCUCCUACUUCCUCGACAACAACGCCAACAUGGCACCAGUUUGAGCGGAGGGUCGAUGAGGUCAAGCCAUCCAAGACUGACAUUAACUAUCUCGUUAUGGACUACCUCAUCACCAAUGGAUAUCCAGCUGCAGCGAAGAAAUUCGCUUCGGAGGCCAACAUCCAACCAAGGGCAGAUGUAGAAGCCAUUCAAGAAAGAGUAGAAAUUCGCACUGCCAUUCACUCGGGCGAUAUCAAAGCUGCCAUCGAGAAGAUCAACGAGCUAAAUCCACAGAUUUUGGAUGAAAAUCCACCCCUGCAUUUUUCACUGCUACGUUUGCAACUUGUGGAGUUGAUUCGCUCGUGCACAUCUAAACCCGAUGGAGAUAUCACUCCUGCCCUUGAGUUUGCGACAUCGCAACUCGCACCCCGGGCGCCUACAAACCCCCAGUUCUUGGAGGAUCUUGAGAGGACGCUGGCGCUCCUCAUCUUCCCCACUGAGAACCUUACACCCGCUCUAGCCCCCCUUCUACACCCCGACCUGCGUAAAGAUAUAGCCACUAGCGUGAACGAAGCCAUCCUGCAGAAUCAAGGCGCUCGUAAAGAAGCCCGAUUGCGCAACCUCGUCAAGCUGCGUGCCUGGGCGGAGCAAAAGGCUCGUGAGGCUAAGAAGGAUCUCCCGGAGAAACUAGAUCUGGGCCUUGGCGAUAAUAACACCAAGGGUCCUAACGGCGCGUCUAACGAUACCUUGAUGGCCAAUAACGGAGACGUUGAUCCAAUGAUCUCUUGA